AUGCCUGUUGACGUCUGUCCCAGGGAUAAGGGAUCCCAGUGGGCCUGGCUUGAGAUGGGACAAUGCUAUAGCAAGAAAUCUGUGGUCCCAGAGUCUGACACCCCAGAGAGAAGCAGCAUGACGUCUGGAAGUUUAGAGUCAGAUACACAACAAGAAAACAAAGUAUCGAAAGUGUCCCUGGAUACUGGACAGAUGGCGUUUACCUUGGCCCAACUUGAGUCAUUGGAGACUUGUCUGAAAGACGCAGAAGAAAAGGCUAAAGCUUUAUCUGAACAGCUUUCAGUCUCUGAAGGAACAAAGUCAAAACUGCUUGAACAAGUAUCCCGGCUGGAGGAAAAACUGGAGGCUGUGGACCACAAGGAAGCCAGUGGGGAAUCAUAUGAAAAAAUGGUUCUUGUGAAAAACCAGUGCAUCCAGAAAUUGCAAGCUGAAGUAAAAGCUUCCCAGGAGCAACUUACAGCCCAGAAACUAAAGCAUGAAAAGAAAGUGAAAAAGCUACAAACUGAUUUGGCAACAGCUAAGCAAGAGGCUGCCAUCACAGUUCUGGAACUCAAUGAGAAGAUAAAGACUCUAUGUGAAGGAAAGCCAGCCCCUAGAGAAGACAGCUCGCUGGAAGGGUUCUGUGGAGGUCUCCCACCUGUGGAAGAAGGUGAUAGAAAAAUUAGCCUGAUAAUGGAACUGUCGACCCAGGUUUCCCUUCAGACUGAGAGGAUCACUCAGCUGAAAGAAGUUUUGGAGGAAAAGGAAAGGAAGAUUCAGCAGCUGGAAGCUGAGCGGAGUCCCCAUCCUCCCCAAGAGGUCAAGGACCCUCCAGGAUGUUUACCAGAAGCCCCAGUUUUCUCUACUGAUGACGUCCCUCCUGUGGUCUCUGAUGAGAAUUUGUAAAGAUUCCCAGUAAGAAAACAAUAAAAGUUUAUUAGGUGUCAUCCA